AUGAAGAUUCAGGAACACAUCAUCAUCAUCUGUACACUUUUCCUUUCAGUCGAAGGUUUCAAGAAUGAAAGUGCAGAAAUCGGCACCAAUGUGACUUUGCAUUGCACCAACAGAAAGAUUAGACUGGGCAAAGCGAUUUAUACCAUCUGGAAAAUUAACUCACAUGGCAAAGAGUGCAAAAUUGGCGUAUCUCAAAACGACCCGGAUCACGACACCUGCAGCGACGGAAAGAAGCUGAUCAGGAGCGCUGAUGGAGCAUACCACCUGAUCAUCCCACAAUUCUCCAUCCACGAUGAAGGAACUUACACAUGUGAUGUGUCCUACAAACAUACAGGAUACUUAGAAACUGUUUAUGUUUCUGCAUGGGCCCGUCCAGAAGUCCACGGCUGGUUAGAAGCUGAACGCAGCCGCACUGUCGCCGUGUGUGAAGCUACAAGCAGACCUGCAUCAUCCAUCAAGUGGAAAACUGCAGUGAACUUUUCCUCAUCCAGCACUGAAAUAACCGAGACUGCAGAGGGACUUUUCACCGUAGCGAGCAAAAUAAACCUGCCGGCGAACGUCCCGCACAGAAACAUCAUCUGUGUCGCCUCUACCAGCAACCCCAAGUUCAACCAGUUUCACUUUAACUUCAUGAUUAGAGAUUCAUCUGUUAAAUCGACUUUAAUUACCCUGCUGGUUCGUGCCUGCUGCAUUAUUGCUCUUGCAUUUUUAAUUUACAUCUUAUACAAGGUUUUUGGAGUAUUGAAAAGAAUUUACCGCAAACCCAAAGAAAUCGAUGCUCCCGCAGUGCCAGAUACACACAGAGAGGAACUACAACUACAGUCCUGUUAAGAUCUUCAGAAUGGAAAAAGGGAUUCGAUCAUUAAUCCUGGU